AUGCAGAACAUUAUUUGGCUGCUGGCAACUAUUCUGCUGGUGCUUCUACCCCACACCCCACUGGCAUCUUCCUUAUCGGAUGCUUGGAAAUUACCACCCGCAACCACGGUCGUCAUCACUGGUGGAACGAAAGGCAUUGGCAAAGCCUGUGUGGAAGAAUUGGCAGGAACUCUGGGUGCAAACGUCUUUACAUGCUGUCGCAACCAGCAAGAUUUGGACCAAUGCUUGGCGACAUGGGGCGACCAGGGAUGGAAUGUGCAAGGGGUGACAGCCGAUCUGGCCACCACCGAGGGGCGAACGGCAUUUUGUCAGAAAAUUGAGGAGUGGUUGCAAGGACGACGACUCGAUGUACUCGUCAACAAUGUCGGAACCAACAUUCGAAAAGCAUCGGUCGAUUAUACCCCCGAAGACGUUGAAUUUGUCUGGCAAACCAACUUUUUCAGCUUUUUUGCCCUCACCACGGCAUGUCACAAAUUCUUGACACGACCACAAUCUCAAUCUACGGCACUCCCUGCUGCUACCGGUACUACUAGCAGUGUAAUCAACAUUGGAAGUGUAGCCGGAGUCACUUGUAUGAAGUCGGGAACGCCCUAUUCGUCCACCAAGGCCGCCAUGAAUCAAUUGACGGGAAACUGGGCCUGCGAAUGGGGAUUGGAUGGCAUUCGCGUCAAUUGCGUUGCUCCGUGGUACAUCAACACCGAACUCGCACAACAAGUACUCAAAGAUGAAGCCUACAAGGCUAGUGUCUUGGAACGGACUCCCAUGGGCCGCGUGGGAGAACCCAGGGAGGUGGCAGGCUUGGUGGCAUUUUUGGCAUUGCCCAUUGCCGGAUACAUUACCGGGCAAGUCAUUAGUGUGGAUGGUGGAUUCACGCGCAAUGGAUACUAUGAUAGUUUCUACAGUAAGUAA